AUGGAGACAGAUGGUAACGGCAGCAGCCUUCAAAGGGCACCAGGCCUAGAGAGUAUCAAGACUAAAAAUAUACGGACUGUCACAGACCUCCGAGAGAUUCUUGGGUUUGGAAGGGGUGAAUUCGACCAAUCCAGAGCCUUCAAGAAGGCCAUCAAGCAGUUCGCCUCUGAGUUUAUCGCUGAGGACGGUAACCCUGGGCCUACGUUUACUAGGUGGAGUGACAGCCUUCAUAAAAAAGUUUUCUACAACAUGGCGAGCCGGUUUCUCGAGAAACACGGGCGUGAGUUUUGGCCCGACAGCCCAAUCACCCAGCGCCUUCAGUACGAAAGGGAUCAUGCACAACUAUUAAUCCUACUGGCGCAGCUCUUUUUUCGACAAAACGAGCUACGCCAGCGAAAGACACCCGAAAAGACAUCCAAAGAAAGGUCCAGAAAGGCUCCCAAUAAGCCGGCCUCUGUGGAUACCUGCGAAUCAACAACCAGCAGGACUUAUCGAGAAGGUUCAACCAGAGAAACGCCCAUCGAUUUAGACGACUAUAAUACCUCGAGAGGGAAUAGAUCUCGUGGCCCUGACAAUGAUGGUCAGGUUGUUUCGCCCCAGGAUGAAUCAAAUCAACCCUCCUCUAUCUCAAAUAGAGUGUCUCAAGCACUGGACGAUUCUCCUGAGCGAUCGCCCCCUGACGGCUCCAACAUGCAACCGAGCCCAGCCCCUCACGCGCAGGCGGAAGAUGUGCUGCCCAUGGAAGAUAUACACGACGGAUCUAGCGCUCUAGAAGUAUCUGCAUCUUCUAGCAACACUCAUGGAAAACGUCCUGCCCCCCCUCAAUUUGAGGGCAACGACAGACAAAUAAAGACGCCUAGGCUCAACCAAGAACCCCCAAAUGAAACAGAAAACUCUGUAGCUGAAUAUUCCACGUCUACUCAGCCAGAAGAACUCACCCUAACCUCGGGCAGAGUGUGGCAGCCACUCCAUCGCCAAGGCUACAUUAUGGGGAACGAGUGCCUGGAACGUCUCGAGCCUUACGCGGACAAUUCAAAGAAGAAACGCCAAAGAACUCGCGGAGCCUCCGUGAGAGGCACACAGCCGCCGACCUCUGCUCCUGUGGCGGUGAUGGCCCUGGAGUCUGUGGAGAACCACCGUGACAUCGCCAGCCCUCGACACGAUGCCAGUGAUGAUCCUUUCGAUGGCUCUCCUGAAACUUCUGACAGGAGAUUCGACUGUAAUACUGAGCACGUUGUUCGGCGACGAUCGAGAAGUUUUACAAUGCGCGUCAUGCCGGACCUGGGAGAGGGGAGCCUCCCAGAGCCAGACUUCCAACCAGAAGAUGAACCAAACUUUGAGUUGCAAACUUCCCCUGGACGAGAACAAGCCCCAUCUCAGGGGCAGGAGCAACUUUGCGUUGAAAUGGAGCGACGGCAAUCUCAUCGAAGCGAUUUGGAUUCUUCUGUCAAUGAGUGUCGAGCCAAUAUUGAGACUGACAACAUCACUGCUUCUACAAACGACUUUAACAUCGACUACACCGUGUACAACGAUGAAGAGGAGCCAGUGUCAAGCUGGAGCCCACCGAGGUACUUCUUCGCCAUGUCCUUUGACGAACUGGUCGAGGCCCUGCCCCUGAAGCGGCCCCGUGGGCUUCGCCUGUGUCUGGAGGGAGCCGUGAAACGCAAAGGUUUUUCGAGGACAGCCUGUGACCAGGAGAGGUUCAAGCUGCACCAGUGGAGAUUCGGGGAGAUGAUGAGAAGCUGGGAGGAUGAGAUUGCUUCUAAAGGCGGACCGAAGCCUAGUUUCGAGAUUAUCAUUGAACCGCUCAAGUAA